CAAACGACAGGUACUUAUCAAAACUUGUAGAGUAGAGUAAAUUUUGAUUUAAUUUUAGCGCGUGAACAUGAGUUCUUACAAGCUGUAUUACUUUGACGGCCGGGGGCGGGGCGAGACGGCCAGAAUGCUGUUUGCGGUAGGCGGCUGUGAAUUCGAAGAUGUACGAGUAAGCGGGGACAAAUGGAAGGAGCUUAAACCAAAGACUCCUCUGGGCCAAAUUCCCGUCCUAGAGGUCGACGGCAAACAGCUACCACAAAGUCGAGCAAUCGAAGGUUAUCUUGCAAGAGAAUUCGGUCUGUACGGUUCCAAUAGUCUGGAAGCCGCGAGGAUCGAUGCAGUGUAUGACACUGUAGGUGAACUGAUGGCGAGACCCAUACAGUUGACAUUUUACGAAAAGGAUGAAGAGAAAAAAAAAGCUGAACUGGCGAAGUACUACGUCGAAGAAGCGCCUCGGCGAAUGGGAGGCCUCACCAGACUGUUUGAAAUGUAUGGAGGCGGCGAGGAAGGAUUCUUUGUUGGAAACAAGAUGUCCCUCGCUGACAUUUUCUUCUUCGCCAUGACGGAAUACUUCGACGAAAAUGAGCUGAAGAAAUAUCCGAAGAUGGAGGCGUUGCACAACCGCGUGGCAACCAAUUCGCGAAUAGCCACCCACAUGAAGAACCGUCCCACGCCCACAUUCUGAAACGCUGCUGCUUCCAGAACGCUGCGAAUUUGAGUUGAUACGAUCCAAUGGAAGUUUCACAUUUGAAACAGAUGCGUUGUCGACAAAUAGAAAAGCAUUAAAAGCCACUAUUUUUUCGCUUCCAUUCAAAUUCAAUUUAACCCAAGUUGACUUUGUUAUCCCUUAUACAGGAAAUUCCGUUCGGCCUUUUACAUUGAACAAGUUAAUGAAUACUUAAAAAAAUUACGAAUCAAUGCAUAUUACACAUAAAAACACUAUACUUUACUAAAAAAAGAAAGAUAUAAAAAUGUGUUAUCCCAAAAUACUCCACAAAACCUUAAAAGUCUAUUUAAAAUUGCAUGGAGAGUCAGAUGAUGUGGUCUAUUUUAAGGCUAUGAGCUGAAAUAAAUAUGCGUUCGCAGUGAGAAUUUGUUGAGAAAUUUAAAGAGAA